UAUGUAACUUUAACCAAUCGGGUAACGUAACUUAUAUCACUCACUCAAAAAAUCUUUCAUAUUAUUCAUUCAGUGAAUGAUUGAAAACUAGUGAUUCAUUCUUGCUUGGCGUCCUAAAUUUAAUUAUUCAGUGCCGCGCAUAAUUUGUAUUAAUUGUACUUGUAUUGCGAAUACAAAGUAUUAUAGUGUUUUUAAUAAGUCAAAAUGGCCGACAAAUAUGAUAAAAAUGGUUACAACAGCAGUGAUUUCAAACGAAACUCAAAUUCCGGUUCACAAGAAAAUAACCAAGAUGGCGAAAAUGCACCUAAUCUAAAUGAGAAAGCCUCCGAAUACAUGAGGGAGUUGUUGAGCGAGAAAAUAAAAUUACACGCACAAAAAUUCCCGCUAUCCGUUAAACUAAUUGACGAAGAGGUGACCCGUGUACAGACAAGUGGACGUGCCCCAGCAAAGGAAUACAAAUAUGUUGAUGUCCACAAUGAGAAACCAAUCAAAGUCGUCGCUAAAGUUCUGGUACCCGUCAAAGACUACCCAAAAUUCAAUUUUGUGGGCAAACUUUUGGGUCCAAAAGGCAACACCAUGAAGCAGAUGCAAGAUGAGACUAUGUGCAAAAUGGCUGUACUUGGACGUGGGUCAAUGAGAGACAGACAAAAAGAAGAGGAAUUCCGCAACUCAUUAGACCCGAAGCAUUCUCACCUGUCCGAUGAGCUCCACGUCGAGAUCUCCGCGCUGGCGCCUCCUGCAGAGGCCCACGCAAGGAUUGCGUACGCUCUCGCUGAAGUUAAGAAGCAUCUGACACCGGACACCAGUGACAUGAUCCGGCAAAACCAGAUGCGCGAGAUUAUUGACAGAGAUAUGGGCCCGCCGCGACCUCUACUGGCUCCUGGUCCGGAUGUCCAGUACAAUCCGUAUGCAGUCACAAAACGAGCCCUGUCGUACCAAAACCCAAUGAAACCCAUCAAUGAUCACAAUGCGAUACCACCACACAAAAAACAAGGACCACGACCUGGACCCCGGCCGGGACCUGGAGGCCCCCCGGGCCGUCCACGCAUGCAGGCGCCGAUGGGGCGUGCCAUGCCGGCGAAGAAUAAGGUACUCAGUAUCCUGGACCGCGCUCGCACUGCGAUGGAGUCCAACUACAGCUAUGACGACCCCUACGGACCUCCGGAGCCACCGGUGCGCGGCCUGCCACAGAGGGCGGCGCCUGAGUCGGAGUUCUUCUACGAGCGCAGCCACGAGCGGUACUACGAGGACGAGCCCUACUACAAGGAGGAGCGCGAGUUCAAGACGUCGGCCCGCGACGUGGGCACGCGCCGCCCCGCGCAGCACCCGCAGCACCCGCAGCAGCGCCACUACGCCAGGGCUUCGCCCUACGCCCGCCCCAAGUAGAUACCGGCUGACCGCACCUAAAAAGCGUUCGCAAUAGGUGAGUAGUAUUCUGUCUCGAAAAUCUUAACUCUUCAUUACAAGCAAAACCGAAGAACAAACAAAACAUCUAAAAUAUGAAGAAACUCACCAAACUAUAAAUUAAACUAUAAGUACAUCGCUAUAGGUAUAGGCACUAAAAAUAAUUAUAAUUUUCUCUCAUACGACGGACCAAAAUCCUAACAUUGUGUUGCUGAUUUGUAAUUGGUAUGCAAUAUACCAAGAUAAAAUAACGAGACAAAAACAAAUAACUUCUAUAAUAUAAUUAUAAUUCUUUUAUAUUAAAUGUAUAUUAAAAAUUCAGUUUUUUAUCAAAUCUAAUGGAUUUAAUAUAGAAGUUGCACAUUAAAUAAUAAAUAAUUAAAUGCAUGCAGUUAAAUAGAGGUUGCAAAAUUUUUAUAAUAAAAUCAAUAUGGUUACGAGCAUUUGUGACUAAUAAAUCUAAAAAAAAACUAGUUGUUUGAACAAAAUACUUUUUAUUUU